CCCAGAGGAAACAGGAACACACGGGGCACUUUUUAACCAGGAAUCACGGCUGUGCUCAGCCGGAGAGCUGAGGGAGUAAAAUCAUCCAGGACAGCAGCGGGGAUUCCUCACUGCAAAGGCCGGGACUGGAGCUCCGACCGCUGGGGAGAGAGGGACGCACGCACGGGCCCGCGUGAACACUUAAACGAAGCUAAAGUAGGCUAAGCUGGGAAACUUCCAGAACCAUGAUGCUGUUUGGUAUAUCGGCCAACAGGCGCAUUGUCGCCGGCCUGCUGGUCAACCUGCUGUCCUCCAUCUGCAUCGUCUUCAUCAACAAGUGGAUCUACGUACAUUAUGGCUUCCCCAACAUGACCCUGACCCUCGUUCACUUUGUGGUCACCUGGCUGGGACUCUACGUCUGCCAGAAAAUGGACAUUUUUGCUCCAAAAAGCCUCCCAAUUCGCAGGAUUGUGUGGCUGGCUCUGAGCUUCUGUGGGUUUGUGGCCUUCACCAACCUUUCCCUGCAGAACAACUCAAUAGGAACGUACCAGCUGGCUAAAGCCAUGACCACACCCGUCAUCAUCCUCAUCCAGACCACCUACUACAAGAAGACAUUCUCCACCAAGAUUAAACUGACACUGGUGCCAAUAACAUUAGGGGUGAUAUUGAACUCGUACUAUGACGUUCGAUUCAACCUGCUGGGGACAGUGUUUGCGACGCUUGGUGUUCUGGUAACAUCGCUUUACCAAGUGUGGGUGGGGGCUAAACAACAUGAGCUCCAGGUGAACUCGAUGCAGCUCCUGUACUACCAGGCUCCUCUGUCAUCGGGCUUCCUGCUCUGCGUUGUUCCACUGUUCGAGCCGCUGUCUGGAGAUGGAGGAAUAUUUGGACCCUGGUCUCUGCCUGCUCUGGUGACGGUGCUGUUUUCGGGAGUGGUGGCGUUCCUGGUCAACCUAUCCAUCUACUGGAUCAUUGGGAACACCUCAGCUGUCACCUACAACAUGUUUGGUCAUUUCAAAUUCUGCAUCACUCUGGUUGGAGGAUACCUGCUCUUCCAUGACCCACUGUCGCUCAACCAGGCAUUGGGGAUCCUCUGUACUCUGGCAGGCAUCCUGUCCUACACUCACUUCAAGCUGGCUGAACAUGAGGAGGGGAAGAGCCGCCUGGCUCAAAGACCAUAGGCUGACUUACCUGUCAGUCAGCUGCAUGGACUCCUGCCAUUGGCCGCCCACAGUAUGACUGGCUGCAGAGACCUCUUUUAUAUAAAUCUUUUUAUUUUGCGUAUUUUUGUAGGAGAGUAAAGAAUUUUAUCGUGGUUCCCUGACAGGACUAAAUGUGUACGACAUCGUCUUCGCGCUCUACCCAACACUGAUGUUUUUUAAGGGAAGCUGAAGCUCAUCACAUCGGCAAAUGACUUUUGAAUGGAUGGGUUUUUUUCAGCUGCUGAAAUGUAAAUGAAAAGCUGUGUUAACAGUAACAUCUUUGCUUUCAUCUUAAAGCAGAUAGAAGAACUUUUUUUUUUUUUUUUAAACAACGUUUACACGGACGGACGCAGGACGUCCAAUUCAGCUUCAUUUCUUCACAAGAACUCCCUGCUGUUUGUGGCAUGUUGGUGUUGACACAUUGGACGACCUUUGAUAUAUUUAGUGGGUGUAGUUCCCCAGCAACUAAUCAAAAGGAAACUGCAGGUUUAUCUCAAGUUUGGCAAAGUUAAAGGAUAAACUCUGUUAAAGAUAAACAGAAAUCUAUCAACUUUUGGAGUUGUUUAAGCAAGUUGAGCACUGUUUCUGGACCUGUAAACGCCUUCUAUCAGGUCCUAUCUAUAAGGGAUUUGUCAUUUAAUGAAAAUGUUUUUGCUUUAAAGUGACAGUUGCUUUAUCAUGUUAAAUAACUGCCUGGCUGCACCAUUCAGAACACACAUAGUCAGUAAUGGACUGUCCACUGUAUGACACUAUUGCCGCUUGCCAAAGGGAAAAAAAAGGGUCUGUGUGUUUUAAAUUGUCAUCUUUUUUUCUAUUUGUAGUCAAUUUAAAACCAUUUAUUUACACACAAGUCUAUCCUUUGAUAUACCUCGACACUGUCCGACAAUUUUCAAGAUGUCCACAUGAAUCAUUUCAGCAGACAGACAAAUGUUGUUUAACUUUUAAACCUACUUACAAAUUAGCAAUCAAAGGCUAACAACUUACAGGUGGUGUGAGCUUACGGCUAACACACUAACCAGCUCGGAACAUGCUAAUACUAGUAGGGUCUAUUUUCUCUUUAUUGUUUACUUCUCACUGACAUUUGCUUCUCAGGACUUCUAUGAUUUCAUCACUGAAGAGUUACUGGAGAUGGAGAAAACCACCGAACAAGCAAGCUAAGAGCAAAUAAGUCCAAAAUAAGUGUUCGCACCAUCAACCCCCGUCUCUGAACUGCCGGUGAACCAUUCCUCGUCUGUGGAACCGUUAAUACUCAGACAGGGGUUAAAUGAAAUGAAUCGGCGUUACACAAUCUUUUUCUUAGUGACUGAAAUAGAUUAUUUUGUUUGUUUUAGUGUUUAAAUGUCUGCAUCAUUUCAGUAACUAGUUCCAGGCUGCUCUUUAGUUUUACUUACGUUUUUAUUUUAGCUAUUUUUUGAUAGAACUUUGUGAUGAGGAAUCAUUUUUUUGAGAAAUCAUUUCAGACGCAUACCUCCAUGAGGCUGUGUGAUUGGCAGUUUCUGUACUAGUUUAAAAAAAUGGAAACUACAGUCUGAAUUAACCAAUGAUUGAACCAACAAAGUGACUUUUGAUUGACCAGACAAUGCCUGCGAUGUACUGCAGCCUGCACGGUGACAGAGCUUCAAACUUGUUGGUUUGCAGCUUUCACUAUUUUCAUUUUACUGUGUCGAACAUAUUCAAUCUGCUGAAUAAAAACUGAUUUAGUCA